AUGACGGGUGAUUCGUUUCACGAGGUCGAACGUCGGUCUGAUCGAGAAAGCUAUCCAGGGGAAUCAUUAUAUCUGACCGAGAUGCUCAGCAAAGGUGAUGUUUCACGUCUCCGCUCUUUGAAUGGAUCACCCCCGCUACAGGAGGACAGCUGUAUUCAUGAGCUCAUCAGGCGCCGUUGCUUGUCCCAGCCCGCUGAUGCGGCAGUCUGUGCAUGGGAUGGGGACCUCAGCUAUUGGGACCUGGACCAGCUGUCCUCACAGCUAGCAACUCAGCUUAUAUCGCGUGGGACAGGUCCCAAUUCUGUCGUCGCUACGCUGUUGAAUAAGUCCAAAUGGACUCCAGUCGUGGUGCUAGCAAUUUUGAAAACUGGCGGGGCCUUCGUCUUACUUGAUUCGGCAUCCCCUUUGCCUCGCCUAAAUCAAGCCUGCGAAACGUCGCGCGCAAGGCUAAUUGUCUGCAGCAACGCGCUCCUGGCCACAGCAAAACGCCUAGGGCCGGAAGUGCUCCCUGUGUGUGAUGAACAGUUUCUGUCUAAAUCCAGCACGGCUAUCGUUGUGGGAAGCCUAGGUUUCCCCAGUAGCAACCUGGCUUAUGUUGUUUUCACCUCAGGUUCUACGGGGAAACCAAAGGGUGUACAGGUUUCCCACCGGUCAUUCUGCAGUAUGGCUCGACCGUAUAUCGACAGAAUAGGCUAUAGCCGACAGACGCGUGCCUUGGCCUUCUCUUCUUACGCGUUUGACGUUAGCAUAUCGGAUAUGCUGAUCCCGUUGAUCGCGGGGGGUUGUAUCUGUAUACCUUCGGAGAGUGACCUUCUAAACAACCUGCCAAGGGCAGCCGCUUAUUUCCGCGCCAACUUCGCCGAUAUGACACCUACGCUCUUGCGAACGCUGCGUCCGGAACAGAUACCCAGUUUCCGGACAAUUGUCGUGGGUGGCGAACCCGUCUCUCAAGACGUUAUGACAACUUGGGGUCCCCAUGUAACACUUGUCAAUGUGUAUGGGCCUGCCGAAUGUGCCAUCAACGCCACUGUGAACGUCGGUGUGACGCCGCAGACAGAUUCCUCAAAUGUCGGACUGCCUAUUGGUGCUCGACUGUGGAUCGUGCACCAGGAGGACCAGGAGAGACUCAUGCCAAUUGGUACCGCCGGCGAGCUCCUCAUCGAGGGCCCCAUUGUGGGGGACGGGUAUGCCAACGAUCCAGAACAGACUGCGGGAGCAUUUAUUGAACCACCAAGAUGGUUGGCCCACUUCCGGCACAACUUAUUCUCGAGGAAGCUUUACAAGACAGGAGACCGUGGGAGCAUCCAACCUGACGGUUCUUUGAAAAUCUUGGGCCGUAAAGAUACCCAAGUAAAAUUGCGGGGACAACGUAUUGAAUUGUCCGAGAUCGAACAUCAUGUCCACCAGCGUAUGCAUAAAUUCCACAGUGUGGUUGCGGAAAUUAUUUCUCCCCUGGAAGGGGACCGAAGUGCAUAUUUAGCCGUGUUUCUAUGUGACACAAAGCUGCACUCCGCUUCCAACCAAGCGAUGUUCGCUGAGCCAACAACUCAUGCGAGAGCGCAGGUGGUGACAGCACAUAAUCAACUGAACAGUCAGUUGCCUGGAUACAUGCUUCCCGGGGUGUUCCUAAACUUAUCCUCCCUACCAUUGACGGCCACGGGCAAACUCGAUCGUCGACGGCUGCAGGCAGAGGCAGCAUCUCUCUCACCAGAAGAGCUGUUCAGGUAUAACCUUCUGUCCGCCGUGGGGAGGCGCGAACCCAGCAACCCCACCGAGAGCCAGCUGCAGCAAAUCUGGGCCCAGGUGUUAAGUUUACCGCGCGAAGUGAUAGGCGUUGAUGAGGAUUUCUUCCGUCUGAGAGGUGACUCAUUUUCCGCUAUGCAGGUGGCCAAAAAAGCCCGCGCAGCCGGCCUGACUUGCCAGGUAGCAGACAUCUUCCGCUGCAAAACUAUCUCGGUCCUGGCACGAUCUUUGGGUGAGGUGACUCAAUCUCGCGUGGGGACGCCUGAGGAGCAGGUGGAGGAGCCAUUCUGUCCGACUUCAACCCCGCAGCCAUUUCUGGGACAGCUCCUACCAAAACAAUUUAGCAACUUCCUAUACUAUAUGCUGCCAGAGAUAGGUGUGCUACCGGCAGCGGUGAAAGAUGCAUAUCCAUGCUCUCCGAUUCAGCGAGGUAUGCUAAUAUCUCAGUCACAAGACCCUGAGGCAUACAAUUGCCGAAUCGUUUGUCAGAUUACUUCUCGAACGGAACCCGUGGACCUGAUCCGGGUGGCGGACUCGUGGCAGCAAGUCAUCCAGCGUCAUGACAUCUUGCGGACUAUAUUUAUGGGGAACGUGACCGGAACGGGGUACCACGAUCAAGUUGUGCUGAAGAAAGUGACAGCGGACAUUGAUAUGUUGGGACGUAUUGAAGAUACCGCAACAAUGGAAAAAGCGUUUGGUGCUGGCGUCACAUUCCCCGGAGGAAGGCAGCCCAUGCAUCGGUUGACCUUGUGGUCAGUCCCCGCAGGAGACGCUUUCUGUAAGCUCGAAAUCAGUCAUACCCUUAUUGAUGCAAUUUCAAUGGACAUCAUCCUGCGUGACAUCUCACGGGCAUACAACGGGCAACUGCGUGGCUCUCCGGGGCUUCAAUAUGGUGACUACAUUGCGAUGUUGCAGUCACAAUCCGAUGAGCCAAAUCGUCAUUACUGGGUCAGGUACCUUGAACAUGUUGAGCCGUGCCUCUUCCCUCGCCUUAACCAAAGCAGCCAGGACGAUGAUAAAGCAGAAUGGAAGUCUCUGAGCCUUGAUAUUGAACUGGACUCGACUUGGUGGAACUACUGCAAGGCACACAGCGUUACCUCAGCCCACAUAUUCCAAGUAGCUUGGGGUUUGGUCCUUCGCUGCUACACAGGUUGCGAUCAGGUCUGCUUUGGCUAUCUGAACUCAGGAAGAGAUGUAGCUCUCCCUGGAGUUGACGAUGGCGUGGGACCUUUCAUCAACCUGCUUGUUUCACGAAUGUUACUUGACCCUGGGGGCUCCCUGCGGCAAGUCAUGCAGCAAAGCCAAGCGGACUUUUCGCAAGCGUUAGGCCAUCAGAAUUUUGUCUUGGCUGAUGUUUUUCACUCUUUGAAUCUCUCGGGCAACGCACUCUUCAACACGGGCAUGUCACUGUACAGGAUUCAAAGCGGCAAGCACGACAAUGCCCCUGCCUCGACAAUAUCUCUUGAAACUAUUGAUGGCGGAGACAAUCCUGAGCAUGAUGUAGCAGUCCUGAUUGGUAUGUGCGAGGACAUAGCUACGAUUACUUUCACCUGCCGGACUAAGAUCAUUUCCGAAACGGACAUGGCAAAGCUGGGAGAGGCCUUCCGAGAAGCUGCCUCCGUAAUUAUUGCGACUGACCCUGACUCGGUAAUCGGGAAACUUCCACUAUUUUCACGUCAUAGUUCUCGGCUCGUCUCACAAAGAAUCUGGGGUAUGCAUGAGGCAGAGAAAUAUUGGCAAUCGCAAAUGGACAAUUAUAGCGGGGAAGCAUUUCCAACACUUCCUCCAAAUUGCACCCCCAAAGCCAAUGCAUCCAUAACUUUGUCCGCACCAAAAGAGGAAGGGCCAUAUCUCUCUGACGAUAAGAGUUCCUGUCUGCUGCAGCUUGCCUGGGCCGUUGUCAUAUCUCAGUACACCGGCUCUGAUGACGUCCUGUUUCAGGUCAUGGAUGCAGGGCUGGAAGACGGGGUAGCCCCGAUGAGGAUACGCAUCGAUCCUUCCGACCUCAUAUCCGACAAGCUCAGGGCAAUUAAAGAAGAUAGGGAAUUUCGGAGGUAUCUUCAACGAUGCACAGCUGGGACCACCCCUGCCUCUUAUCGUAAGCUUGAGGCUGUCUGCCAAUCUCACAAUCUCCUGGUUGUGCAGCAGUCGAAAAGCAAAGUCACCAGCAUGGCGAAAGGCCAUGAAGGCGUUGGGUUUGCACUUGUGGUAUCCUGUCGGUUAUUUAAAGACAAUACUACAAAGGUGCAAGUACAUUUCGACGAUACCUGGAUAGACAGCAUGCAGGCGCAGCGAUUCGGCUACCAGCUCAGCCAUAUUGUCGGACAGCUAAUUCAAAUGCCUACCAAGAGGAUAGGAGACGUUCGAACACUCAGCCCCAGGGAUAUCGAGCAGCUUGGCCAGUGGAACAGUACUGUCCCUACACCGGUCGAGAUGUGUGUACACGACGUGAUAUAUAAUAAUGCUGCUGCCCAUCCGGAAGCUCCUGCUGUAUGCGCGUGGGACGGGGAAUUCACAUACAAGCAACUGGAUGAGUACGCAACCAGGCUUGCAUGGCGUUUGAAGGAUCUGCAUGUCCGGCCUGGGGUCGUCGUGCCCAUUUGCCAAGAAAAAACAUGCUGGACCGCCGUUGCCAUCUUAGCCGUUUUAAAGGCUGGAGGAGCUUUCACUCUCCUCUCGCCAACGCUGCCCAGCGAUCGCUUGGCGGUAAUUGGGCAUGACCUCAAUGCACCCGUCGCGAUUUCUACGUCGCAGUCUGCUCCAGUCUGUCAUCAGCUAGCAGCGGAGGUCAUCAUAUCCGAAGACCUUGAGUCAGCACAGUUUGAAAAGGUCACCCCUCUACCACAACCAUCCCUUUGCCCUGCGAACCCUCUUUAUGUGGUGUAUACUUCUGGAUCCACAGGAAAGCCUAAGGGAGUCGUGAUCAGUCACACCUCGUACAUCACCGGUGCUAUAUCGCAGGAUCAUGUUCGAUCCAUAGGCCCGUCAUCUCGUGCCCUCCAGUUCGCUUCUUACAUGUUCGACGUGAGUGUUGCGGAUUACCUACGGACAUUACUAGCUGGUGGCUGCGUGUGCGUUCCUCGGGAGGACGAGUUGAAGGACAACCUCGUGGAGGUUAUUCGCCGACUACAUGUGAAUAGGAUGGAUAUUACCCCCUCUGUUCUACGGCUUCUAUCGCCAGAAGCCAUUCCUUCCGUGAAAACAAUAACUGUUGGUGGGGAGGCCCUGGCUCGAAAGGACGUGGAGCGGUGGAGUCAAAACGUGCAGCUUAUAAACUGCUAUGGUCCGGCUGAGUGCUCCUACUGUGUGACUGCAUCACAAAUACUCAGCAAUCGGUCAGAUCCCGUUAAUAUUGGUCGCGGCUUAGGCGCUAUCUGCUGGGUUGUUGAUCCUGACGACCACAGGAAGCUCGUCCCUAUCGGUGCUGUUGGUGAGUUGGUGGUCGAAGGGCCUCUUGUGGGUUCUGGAUACCUUCACAACAACCAGAUGACUGCCAAAGCUUUCAUAACGGAUAGCCCUCCGUGGCUGAGCCGGUUGGGCCGGACUGGAACUCUGUACAAGAGUGGCGAUCUAGUGCAGUACUGUACGGAUGGUUCGUUUCGGUUUAUCGGGCGUAAAGACACGCAGGUAAAAAUAUACGGGCAACGCCUCGAGCUUGGGGAGGUCGAGUACCAUGUGGGCCAGUGUUUUCCACAUGCCAGUGAAGUUAUUGCUGAGGUAGUCCAACCGUCGCUGCCCGGAGAUGAAGCGCAGACCUUGUUGGCGGCUUUCGUUUGGACUGGUGAGACCAACUCUAAGGACGAUCAGGCGGGUCAAGUCCUUAGACCUCCCACGGCCGAAUUCAUAGCCGAUGCACAGCAAGCACGACAAAAACUGAGCCAACGCAUUCCCGGUUAUAUGGUUCCUCGAGUUUUCAUUCCCGUGAACAGGAUUCCUUUGACACAGAACGGAAAAGUUGAUCGUCGUUUGCUCCGGCUGCACAUCUCCCAAAUGUCCCGCGAGGAGCUAUCUAUGUCACCCACCUCUAAAGAAAAGACCAAGCGGGCACCUACGACAAAGACAGAGCACCUGCUACGCACGCUUAUUUCACAAGUACUAAAGAAACAUCCAGACGAAGUAGGUAUGGAUGACGACGUGUUCCAGCUUGGUAUGGAUUCUGUUGUUGUGUUUCGAUUCGUGCUACUUGCGAAGCAACAUGGUCUUGACAUCGCUGCAACCGAGGUGUUUCGCAGGCCAAAAAUCUCGGAUCUAGCAGAAUCGUAUGAGUCCGCCCGUGAAAGUACUAUAGAUGAACCGCUACCCAUUACCGCUCCAUCGACCUCAAAUUGA